AUGACUUCACAAGUAAAUACUACCACUACUAGUUCCACAGCCACAUCUUCUGCUAUCAAUCCACUAAACAAGAAUGGUACGGCAAAUACCACCACCACUGCUACAACAACAACAACAACAACUAAAGGUACAACCACGCAACCUUCAACAGCGACAGGGAUGGCUGGACAACCUCAAAAGAAAGCAAAGAGUUUUAAGAGAUUAGAAAUGGAGAAACUAAUACGAGAGUUUCAAACUAAAUUAGGUAGGAAUUGGGAGAAAUAUCAUGAAACAUUGAGUCUAUUUUUAAUUGGUAAAUUAUCACGUCAAGAAUUAAUAUCUAUUAUAAUACCCAUUCUUAAAGAGAAGAAAUUAUUGAAAUAUCAUAAUAAAUUAUUAUUAUUGAAUUUUGCUAAUUCUUUAAAAGACAAUCCUAUGGAAUUAUCAAAUGAAUUUUCUAAUUUCUUUAAUAAAAAAUCUGGUAAAAUUACAAAGAAUAAGAAUAAUCAACUUGAGAAAUUUAAAAGUAUUAUCAUGGGAUUACCUGUUAAGGAACGUAAAAGAAUCAUUGAUAUUUCAAGAGAUAGUGGUAAAAAGAAUAAAAUUGCAACUGAUAUUAUUCUUACUAGACAUUCUAUUUUACCUAAAAUUCCUAUGAUUCAAGAUAAAGAACAGCAACAAUUACAAGUGAAUAAUCUUGUUCAAUGGCAACAAGAUGUUUUAAAUGGUAUUAAUACACCAAUAGCAACAGAAAAUUAUGAAAUUCCUGAUUAUGACAAUUUAUCAAGACAUAUGUUGAUGACCAUGAGAGAAUAUGGUUUAACUGGUGGUAUGAAUCCAGGUGUGAUGGAAGUUUUAUUAUUAGGUUUAGAAUCUCAUUUGAAAAAUAUCGUUGAAACUGCAAUUGAUGUUGCUAAAUUUAGAAAGAAUAAAUAUACUAAUGAUAGUUAUGUUCCAUUAGAUAAAUCUACCACCACCACCACUACAUCAACAUCAACUACUAAUAAUGGUAAAAGUAAAAGUAAAUUUGAAGAAGCCACAUCAAGUAAAGAUAUAACCUUAUGUAUUGAGGAUUUAUAUGAUACUUUUGAAAUGUAUCCUCAUUUAAUUGAACCAAAUGGUCCAAAAUUAAGAUUAUCUAAUGUUAUGUUGGAAAAUGAUGAUAUGAUAAAUGAUGGAAAUGGUUUGGAUUAUGAAUUACCUCCAAAAAGUAUAGAAUAUAUUGCUAAAGAAUCUGCAGUUGCAGCUGGUGCUCCUGCUAGUACCACAUCAUCUCCUCAAAAGAAAGAUAAUUCAAAUUCUUCAGUUAUACCAAGACCCGAUGCUCAUAUUGGUUCUGCUGAUGAAUUGAAAUGGGUAUUACAUGAUCUUGUAUCAACAAUGUGA